AUGAGUUAUCCACCGGACGCUUCACGUUCAUGUCAUGAAGCUGAUGGACGAAGUGACAGAAGUGGAGGUAGUGGUGGAGGUGCAACAAGUGGAAGCGGUGGUGGUGGAGGUGUCUAUGGAACAUUAUGCAGUGCAUUGGGGGGUGGUGGUUCUGGGGGUACUACUACAGGCAAAUGGUCAACUACAACAACUAACAGCACUACUGUCACUACACCAUCUUAUACAGUUAAUCCUGACCCACUGUUCUGUCUGUCUUCAUCAACUAAUCCAACUGAUAAUGACCGGAUCAUGUGUAAUUGGAAAAAAUGGUCAUUAGGCCUGGAUUAUUUACUACAAGAUAGUGAAGGUGUUGCUCUAUUCAAAGCAUAUCUACAAUAUGAAGGCUGUGCUAAUCUUCUUGAUUUUUGGUUUGCAUGUCAAGGUUUUCGUAGUAAAGUUGAUCCUUCAGAUCAUCGAAAAAUUACUCAGCUGAUUAAAGCUAUUUAUCGGACUUAUAUAAGGGGGGCUGGUGGUGGUAGUAGUAGUAAUAGUAGUGGUCUUAACUCUCAACCACUCAUGUAUUUAGGCAAACAACACCCCCACCCCCAUCAACAACAACAGCGGCAGCAACAACAAUCUACAUCUUUACUACAUACUCGAAGUGAACCGAUCCGUCUGAGAUCAGAGACUCGGCAUGCUAUCACUGAAAGAAUAUCACGAAAGCAUGGUUUAGAUCAGACAGUGUUCGAUUCAGCUCAAGCUGAAGUGGAACACUUUCUACGGACAACAGCCUAUCCGGCAUUUUUAAAAUCAGAUAUUUAUGUUGACUUUCUACAGACAACAUUAGUAGAAGGCGGCGGCGGCGGUUGCAUUACGCGUAAAUUUCCUGCCUGGUGGGAAGAACAGUCCACAUCGUCUACCACCGCCUCGUUUUACCAGUUUACUACUAAUGUGGAUAAACAAUUGGCUACAAUUGCUGCCGGUGGUGGUCUAUCCGAUUAUCAGACGAAUAAUUUAACGCUAGCUGGAAAAGUUCUUCCUACACUGGAUGAAGAUCGUGAAUUACAGUCUGAAGAAUUGUUGUCGUCAUUAUCAGAUCCUACAAGACAACUGCGUAGACCAUGUUGUUGUCAUAUGAUGUCACCUGGCAGUGGUGGUGAUCCAGUUGUUAUGCCACCUGCAGAUCAUAGUCAUUGUCAACAUUGUAGCAAGUGUCAUAUGUAUAAUCCAUGUAUGCCAAUGGAUUGUAGCCAGUCUGGCUUAAGACCUCCAUGGUGUUAUCAACAGUCGUCACCAGGUGGUGUUCCUACUAGUGGGUCAGCGGCGGCGGCAGCAGCGGCAGCUCCUUUAACUAUGGAAAAUUUACAAAUGACUAGAUUUUAUCGAACGGAAUUAUCGCUACAACGUCCCUAUCUGAGCAGUAGCAGCGGUACAGGUAGCAGCAGUCUGCAUGCAACAAAGUCAAGUCAAGAAGGCGAGCAGCCUACAGGGCAUACUCAUGUAUCACGGGGUUGUGGUUCAACAACAACACCCUGGCGUUUUCAUACUCGUCCCAAUUAUGUUUACACACAUUGGGCGGAUGCUAUGUGUCCACCGUCUAUGGAUCCACGUUUAGGAAAUCUGCCCAGUCAACCACCGAAUCCAUAUCAUAUUUCAUAUGCACCAGUUUCAGCACGUGAUUCAGAGCAUCAUAGUUUAUCAAGUGAUGCACGAACCGAUGAUACACAUUCACACACGGAUAGUAGUCAUGAUGGUGCUUGCAAUCGUUUACGUGCCCUAAAUCAUCGUUAUCCAAGUCCAUUCCAACUCUCUCGUUCGCAUACCAACAAUAAUAAUAAUACUGCUACUAGUAACACCAACAACAAUAAACAUCAGAGUCAGUUAUCUCUUCGUCAUCCUCAACAAUAUCCCCACCACCAUCACCAUCAUCAUCAUCAACAUGGACCAUCAGCCAGUAAUCCUAAUGAACCAACAGGAUUACAAUGUACUUCACCGAAAUCCUCCUCUUAUCCAAUAGCAUUUCAUCAAGGCUUACAACAGCAACAACAACAACAACAACAGCUGCAACACUCGAAUCCAUUUUGUAGAAGUCCAAGUGGUUUAGGAGGCAGCAGUGGUGUGACUGGAGGUAGUCAUAUCCAACAUUAUCCAACAGGAAAUAUCCCUAUCAAUCCACCGACAAGUGGUACAGCGAAUCUACUCAUCCCUAAUAUUACCACCACCACCCCAACAACAACAACAACAGCGACUACUACUACUAAUAAUAAUAAUCUGAGUAGUAUUCAAACAAGUGGAGAAAAAACUAUCCAACAAUCAUUUGAUUAUAAUUCUAAUAAUAAUAAAUUACAGCAACAACAGAAACAUCAACGUCGUCUAGGCAGACGUGGUACAAGUUCACGUCCAUUUACUAGUGAUAAAACAAAGUCUUAUCAUACUGGAAGUGGUGGUCCUGGUGGCGUCGGUGUGAGUUCAACUGGCGUUGGCGGCGUACAACAAGUCAAUAAGUCUAGUAAAUCAAAUAAUCGUUCAUACAGUAUGGCAGAACAUGAUCCUAAAGGAUUUGCACAAAUUUUAACAGAAAAGCUACAACGUUUGUUAGAAAAUCAAUUGGUUACUGAACGACUAGAUAGUCUUAUGACUGAGACUAGUCCAAAUGUUCAAGAAAGUCAAGAGCAUACAGAUGAAAUAACUGGAGAAGUCGGGGAACGAGGUGUAAAUGAAACCUGCACUACACAUACAACUAGUACAACUUCAAUGACGACUAGUGUACCAGUUUGUGUAUCGAAUACCAGCAGUACGACUGCCACUAAUACAACAACAACGACAACUACGACUACUACUUCUACCAGCAGUCGAGUACUUGGUGUCGGGUCAUCAGCUCCUCCUUCAAUACUUCAACGUCCAUGGGCAGAUAAAUUGUUAGCGGCUGCACGUGUUCAGCAUGAAAAUACUCGUGAAAAUGCACAGGCUAUACUUGAAGAUCAUUGUUCACGUAUCUGGGCAGCUUCAGCGGAUCGUACACCCAGUAGUGGUGGUGGUGGUGGCGGGGAUGGUAGUGGUGGUGGAAGUGGAAGUGGAACUGGAACUGGCGGGGGUAGCGGUAGCGCUGGUGGCGGUGGUGAGAUGAGACCCCUACAGGAUCCUUGUACUGGCAAUAGUAGCAUGAAUGACAAUCAAUCACAAAGAAAUUUAUGCUUAAAUAAUAAUAAUAAUAAUAGAAAUGAGCAUUCAUUCAUUUCAUCACCACUAGUCGUAGGCAUUGAUGAAGCUUGUGAAUGUGAAUCAUGUCGUCAUCAGCAGCAUCAACAUCCAGCGUAUAAUAGAUCAUGUGGAGGCGACGGUGCCGCCAGUGAAAGUUGGUCACAUCCAUCCAAUGUAGUAGAAAAUUCAGGUUCAUUUAAAAAAUACUUAGAAGAUAUUACAAUACCACAGCAAACAGGACAACACAAACAACAGCAGCAUAACUCCAGUGAAUGGACGACAACUGAUCAGCAACAGCAUACACGAUCGAUCAUGCAUCAUGCCUCUGUGUAUGUGUACAGUAAAUCUGGAAGUACUGGUGAGUCAUCUGUCACCAAAUCCCUACCAGUUGUCCCACCAUGGUAUGCAGCAUUCCCAGAGUCAAGUUAUACGCAUAAAAAAUCUGAUAUCCAGUCGAAACAUUGUGUGAUGGAACAGGUAACCGAUACAACUGGUGUUACUGGCGCUGAUGAUACUACUACUACUGCUAUUACUACUACGACUACUAUGACGACGGCAACAACGCCAUCAACAUCAAUAACAACAACAACAAACACAUCAGGAACAACUGGUCAACUAUCUACUCGUACAGACAACAGUCCGCCUACAUCUUCAUCGCAUGAACAUCAACGUUCUGCACCGACAAAUACAACUUCACAAUCGUCAACAACACAUUCAUCAUCAGCUACUUCAGCUGUUUCUGCUGGCACUACAAAUUCUACACCUGGAAGUUCUAGUCUCCUCUGUUCAAAUUCCUUAGUUAUAGGCUAUUAUAUGGGUGAUGAUCCUGUACCGUAUAGAAGUUUAUGGCCAUCAUCAGAAAUUACUCUCGGUCAAUUUAAACAGUUAAUCCCAAAGAAAAAAGGUUUAUUCAGAUACUUUUUCAAGAAAGCUUCUGAUGAAUUCGACUCAGGCGUGGUUCAUCAAGAGAUAACCAAUGAAGAUGCUAUUCUACCAUUAUGGGAGGGUAAAAUUGUUGCUAAAGUGGAACGAAUCGAUUAG